AACGUGUUUAAUAUCAGCUUCAAAACCAACACGAAGACUCCUGGAAUGAACCGUUAUCAAUUCUUACAAGUGUUUACUCUAUUUUAUGGGCAGGCUAUUCUGUGGAAAAUCGGGUUUACAUCAGAAAUUCCAAUUGAGCCUCCAUCUAUAAUAACUGCCUACAAUACAAGCUCUUCAUCCAUCAAUGUUACGUGGGGUUGGCAUUCCACAGAUUACCAAAACAAGGACAAUAUAUCAGGCUACAAGCUGACGUACAGGGAGCCAAACAAGACUAAUGAAGUGUUCCACCUCCUGUGUACACUGAACUCCUCAGUGGAAUUGACCAAGUUGAAAGUGUUCACGGAGUACUGCAUUGAAAUAGCUUCUUUUACUAACAACAGGGUUAGUAACAGAAGCCAUUGUCUCUUCGUGACCACAGAUGAAGAACCUCCUAAUGCUCCGCCUCAGAAUUUCGCAGCGUUUAGCAUCAGCUCCACAAGUAUUCGAGUUACUUGGGAUCCUGUGCCUGUCGAAAACAGACAAGGAAUUAUUUUAGGAUACCGACUAUUCUGGGAUACCGACAACAAACAGUCUCCCGCUCGUGUUAAACGCCGAAGUUCUAGUGGUGAAGAACUGGAAACCGAAGCCAAUGUUCUUAGCAAGGACCUAGUCGGAUUGGAAAAAUUCACAAACUAUUGUGUGCGGGCUGAAGCUUUCAACAGUAAGGGAAACAGUAAUCGAACAAACCGUACCUGCACAAGAACAGACGAAGACGUGCCAAGUUAUCCUCCUCAGAUAAUGCGGGGACAGAAUACAAGUUCCACCAGCAUUUCUGUCGGCUGGGAGGCAAUAUCCACAGAAUUCAUUCAUGGAAUACUUCUUGGUUACAAAGUGUUUUAUGGGAAAACAAGUGAACCUGAUACUCAGUACAAAACCCUUAAAACUGAUCAGUUAGAAAUCAGUCUGACCAACCUAGAGAAGUUCACGGAGUACUGCGUAAAGCUGGCUGGAUUCACAAGAGUCGGAGGUGGCAACAAGAGUAGUUGCUUCAAUACUACAACCGAUGAAGAUGUUCCCAGUGGAGCUCCACAACCCGUGGCGAAAAGCUUCUACAGUAAAACCGCUAUCAUGAUAACAUGGGAUUUACUUCCCACAAGUGUCUCCCAUGGGACCGUGAUUGGAUAUGAAAUACACGUCAAAGAAGCCAGAAGCGACACCAAUCUUCCCGAGGAUCUAUUUGAAGAAUGGGUAAAAAUAGAAAACGGUUCACAAACUUCGUUCAGAUUUGGAAAUCUCUCUCUAGCCACAAAGUACCAGGUUCAGAUGGCUGCUUACACAUCUAAGGGCGCUGGACGUUUAAGUGCUGUUGUUUAUGCUGAAACCUGCCGCUGUCCCAAGCGUCUCUCAACGUUUAAACGUCCGUCAUCCCUCGACAAAGGCGGACGCGGAGGUAUAAGUGAGGUCAUCGGCAAUGUAAUUAUAGAAUCAUGCGGAUACUGCAUGGAACAUGGAAAAUCCGAGCUGGUAUACACCAGCGUCGACGAUGGAGAAUCCAACGUUCGCUUUCCGGUGGAAGUGAAGAGUCCAAGAGGCAGCGAGUUUAGUAAGUUCGUGGCUGUGUUGGAGGUACCUGGAGUACUGAUCAUAAAGCGACGAGAUGGGUCUGAACAUCGUAUCAAUGAGGAAGUUAUGACUAGUUCCGUCUUCGAUACGUGGCCGGUUAUUGCUGUGUCUCUGUUAAUGAUAUACUUUGCGGGCGUCAUAGUCUGGUUGCUGGAUAGAAAAGGGAAUCCUGGUGAUCUUCCCAGAAAUUUCAUUAAAGGAGCUUACGAGGGAUUCUGGUGGUCAUUCAUCACCAUGACAACCGUGGGUUAUGGCGAUCGCUGUCCAAGGACCUUCUCAGCCAGAGCUUUUGCUAUUAUAUGGUUGCUUGUCAGCAUGGUGCUGUUUACAUUUUUUAUGGGUACCAUAUCGUCUAUUUUGACUGUUACCGUGAUGCAUUCAAGGACAACACUGGUUCAUAGGGGUGGAAAUAAGGCAGCAGCAAUCGCUAACUCUUCAGAGGAAAAGCUAGCUUUAGGAUCUCUGAGCAACAAGUUAAAAUUAACUGAAACAUAUCCAACCGUUGAAAGAUUAGCGCAGUCGCUAAAGGAAGGCGAGGUUGACUAUAUUCUUGUUGACAUGUACCUCCCUGUAAAACGGGGAGAUUUGUUCAACGGCUCUUGGUUCGAAAUUGCGGCGUUGCUAAAGACAGAAGUGUUCCACGGCGUAAUUCUCCAAGGCGACGCCUUAAAACUCGCCUACACCUUGGAAGAGAUGAUUGCGAACAACAACGUGCAAACUAAAUUUCUUACGGACAGCGACACUGAACAGGGUCCAGCGGAAGUGGAAUCAAAGGAAUCUCUGUUCUUCGAUCCAAGCAGUCCAUUCUUCCAGCACAUCUUGUAUGCCAGUCUGGGAGCGUUGGGCCUGUUCUUGGUCUGUGGAAUGCUGUAUCAAGUGCUAUUCCUCAAAAGAAGGACACACAUAAAAUGUGUCAACGUGAGAGAACGUGAGAAAACCCGAAGACAGCUGGAAAGCUUGGUUGAGGACUUCCGUCAUUCGCUUCAAAAGAUUUAUGAAAUGCUGAGAAAGAAACAUAGAAAAGAGCUUUUGGAACUGGCUCGACAGAAAAGAAAAGGGAGAAUAACAAGAAACACGGAAAGGGAGAACAUCCCAGUGGAGACCUCUAGUACCAACAAUCAACUUCUGCAUGUUCGUUAUAUUUCGUCUGAGCUUAACUAAAGUUCGUGGGGUUGCGAAAGAGAACCUCUCUCGCCAUGGUUAUCUCCAUGAGAGUUUAAUCCACGACAAAGAAAAUUUUAUGUUAUGCAAUGCGUUAAUUUAAUAGUGGUAUCGUGUCGAUUACGACCUCAUAAAUCACCUUAGCAACGUCACAAAAUUGAAACACCGCCAUGAAAAUCCAUGAUGUAAAAAAGCCGCUUCAAUCUCAAUAUGAUCAAUCUCAAUCUCAAUAGCUUGAUUUCAAUAUGAACAUAAAAUAAUUUAGGGAUACCUAAGCUGUAAAAAUACUGGUAAAAACCACCGAAAGCUAAAAAUACAGAAUCGUUUUUAAUGCGUCAAUAAACAGUAACUAGACAAUCUAAAA